AUGUGUUUUGUCUACCUGGAUGAUGUGCUCGUCUUUGGCAAAAAUUUCCAAGAACAUCAGGAGCGGUUGGAGCUCGUGCUCAUGGCACUAGAAAAAGCAAAGACACAGGAAGCGGCCAAACAGAAUCUAGUGCAGUAUUUGACAUCCGCACCCGUCCUGGCCCAUUACGAUGAAAAACUGGAUGUUGUCAUUCAAACGGACGCAAGCAACUUGGGAUUAGGAGCUGUCUUAUUGCAGGAUGAUGGUGCUGGGCCACGACCAGUGGCUUUUGUGCGCCAUUUGAAAGGUUCAAGUAAUGUUAUGGCGGAUGCUCUAUCUCGCAAUCCGGACGAAAAAUUACCGGAAUCUGAGACAGAUCAUGUUAUUUUUGUUUUGCAAACUAGGAAGCCUUCGGGCUAUGCUCCGCAUGAAUUUGCCUUCCUCCAGCAGGUGGACAACCAAUUGCGAAAAAUAUUUUUAGAUUUAAGUUACCCAAACCCCGAGGAAAACCUCAUGAAUUUUUGGAAAAUCCUCAAUAGUUGUCAUGAUGAUUCCCAUGCAGGGCAUAUGGGUAGGAAAAAGACUUUUGCUAGGGUUAGUGAGCGCUAUUGGUGGGCCAAAAUGUUUUUGCACAAGCAUGCCGUGGGUCAAACCGUAGGAAGAUUACAGCCAAUUUCUCUACCAGCUCAUGCAUUUGAAAUGUUAGGCAUCGAUCAUCUUGGUCCCCUACAAACUACUGAUUCUGGAAACAAAUAUGUGAUUGUGGCGAUCAAUUAUCUGACAAAGUGGAUGGAAGUGGCAGCCGUUCCGGAUACUUCUACCAGUCACGUCAUUCCAUUUAUUCAAGAUAAUAUUAUCCAUCGACAUAGUCAUCCGAAAAGACUUGUGAGUGAUCAAGGCCCUGCGUUUUCAUCGAAAGAGUUCGACACCAAAUUGACGGAAUGGAGGAUCGAUCACAUCCCGGCUACUCCCGAACAUCCGCAAACGAAUGGACUGUGCGAAAGGCUGAACAAGACGGCGGCAUUAGCAGGGCUUUAA